UAAACCCUUGUACUAGGCUUCUUCCUAUCUUCUCCACUUCUUCUUUCAUGGCGGAACUACGUGAGAAAAUCAUCCAUUCUAUCCGCGCUUCCGAGCUCCGUCUCCUCCGUUGCACUCUACCCUCCGACCAUUCCCCGUCGUCACCGGAGCCGCAGACUGAUUCUCCAUUCGCGCACUUGCACCGCCUGUUCGAUCAAGUCAUCGAGUUGAUUGAGUCCGGGCAGUAUAUCCAGGCGCUCUCCUCUCCCGCCGUGCUUUCCGUCUUCUCCUGCUCUCAAUUUCAGCCUCAAUUCGUAGAUUCCGGCGAGUCUGCUCAGCAAUUCUACUCCGAGUUCGUGCCCGGAUGUGUAGCUUCAUUCUUCAACGAUACUAAUGGGGAUGGAAAUUCGGAAGAUUUGAGCUUGGAGAACGGGUUUAAGGCUCUUGUGGUUAUGUCCGUUGCGGUUGCCUCUUUCCUUGCAUUCGUUCAAUGCAACACUACUGGCCCAAUAGAGAUCUUUCCACAGAUGCCUUUAGUUGCCUUGGCUACUUGUGAUGGAGAGAGGAGUGACAGUGGAAGGUGGCUGGAAUGGGAAACAUGGGCACAAAAGGAGUUAAUGUCAGUAGGUUCGGAUUUACGUGCUAAAUUUUCUAAUGUUCAGUAUAUAAUUUUGGCAAAGAUCUUGCUCAUGAGCACAAAAGAUCUUUUAUUAGAAGGCAAUGUGUCUUCCUCGGUGAAAAGCAUCUCGUGGUGGUUGGCUAGGUUGCUUCUCUUUCAGCAGAAAUUGUUAGAUGAUCGUUCUUCUACACUGUUUGAUCUACUACAAGUUUACACUAUUGAAAGUUUAAAUCAGUUUGGUACAUCAGAGAAAGCUAGAGAUUAUUGGAAUUCUGAGAUCUCAAGUGAAGAUGCCUUGACAAUUGUAUCAGCUCUUCGCUUAGAGGCUGGAAUCAUGGAACUCACCUAUGGGCGGAUUGAUUCUUCCAAAGUGCAUUUUGAAUCAGCAGCAGCAGCAUCCAGACUUAGUUUUUCUUUGAGUGGGGCCAUGGGCUUUCGAACUGUACAUCAGGUUGAACCAAAGGCCCAACUGGUUCUCGUUGGUUGCACAAAUGGUGGUGAGAAGGUUGCUCAACAAGGCCAUGAGUUGCAGAGUGAUGCUUCUAUCACUGGUGAAGAUGCUCAGCCUCCACAUCUACGUGAAAUGUCUGAAGCAUCUGAUAUACUAUUGGCGCCAAGGUUCUUGGAAGAUGCCAAAACUUCUGAAGCCAACUCCAGUAUUGCCACUACCCAAUUAAAGUCAGUGCAGCAAGCAGUAGUGUUGGCACAAUGUCAUUUUAUAGAGAGAAGUGCUCGGAGUGAUGAAUUACAAAAGUGGGAGAUGGCUCCAUAUAUAGAGGCAAUUGAUUCCCAGCCCUCAUCACCCUUCAUGAUACAUUAUCUCUGUGACAUUUUACGCAUCCAUUGGGAGUCAACUCGUAGUCGUACAAAGCAGCGUUCAUUGCUGAUGAUGGAUAAACUGGUCCAAAGUAUAUACGAUCCCUCACCUGGAGUUUUGCAGAGGAUGCUUUUUUGCUUUGAAGUUAAUAUUCCUACAAUCCCUGCAUUGCGCAAGGAGUAUGGUGAUCUACUAGUAAGUUGUGGCUUGAUUGGAGAAGCUGUCAAAAUAUAUGAAGAUCUAGAGCUUUGGGAUAAUUUAAUUCAUUGUUACAGGCUAAUGGAGAAGAAAGCAGCAGCCGUAGAUCUCAUUAAGGCACGAUUAUCUGAGAUGCCUUCUGACCCAAGGUUAUGGUGUUCAUUAGGUGAUGUUACAAAUAGUGAUUCAUGUUAUGAGAAAGCCCAAGAAGUUUCUGGCAACAAGUCUGCUCGAGCACUGCGGUCUCUUGCUCGUAGUGCAUACAAUAGGGGUGACUAUGAGAAGUCAAAAGCUCUAUGGGAGUCUGCAAUGAGAAUGAACUCUAUGUAUCCAGAUGGAUGGUUUGCAUUAGGUGCUGCUGCAUUAAAGGCCAGGGAUGUGGACAAAGCCCUUGAUGGAUUUACACGUGCUGUUCAGCUUGACCCUGAAAAUGGAGAGGCUUGGAAUAAUAUUGCUUGUUUGCAUAUGAUUAAGAAGAGAAACAAGGAGGCUUUUAUUGCAUUUAAGGAAGCAUUGAAGUUGAAGCGAGACAGCUGGCAGAUGUGGGAAAAUUUUAGCCAUGUUGCUGCAGAUAUUGGCAACGCCAGCCAGGCAUUGGAGGCUAUACAAAAGGUGUUGGAUAUAACUAAGAAAAAGAGAAUUGAUAAUGAAUUGUUAGAGAAGGUGAUGCAGGAUCUUGAAAUGCGUGUGUUAACUACCCAUUCUGCGUCUCUUGCAUCUUGCAACAUCACUAACUCUGCUGAUGCCACCUCCGAUGUGAACCAUGCUGACAAAAUAGUGGGUUCAGAAGCAAAUUUGGCUUGUGAACGGGAAACUGAGCACUUAAUUCAGUUGCUUGGCAAAAUCUUACGGCAGAUAGUACAAAGCGGUGGUAGUGCAGAGACGUGGGGGUUGUAUGCUAGGUGGCACAAACUCAAAGGAGAUCUGACUAUGUGUUCUGAAGCCCUUCUGAAGCAAAUCAGAUCAUACCAGGGAUCUGAUUUAUGGAAGGACAAAGAUCGCUUUGUCAAGUUUGCAAAUGCUUCGCUGGAUCUUUGCAGGGUGUACAAGGAACUUGCUUGCCGCAAUGCUAGUCGUAGAGAGUUGUUUGCAGCUGAGAUGCACUUGAAGAACACUAUUAAGCAGGCGGAGGCGUUUUCGGACAUCCAAGAAUAUGAAGACCUUCAAGCCUGCCUUGAUGAGGUGCAAAAGGCUCUGCAAACUUAGAGCUUCUGCACCAGAAGACUGAAAUUUUGAAGUUAAUUUCAUUUUACAGUGGAAAGGUAACCUCAUAUAUCAUAUAUUUUAAAGGACAGUUUUAUUUAUUAAUUUUAUAAACUUUUCCUGAGUAGUUUUUUAAUGUAGGUAGACCUGGAAUCCUAUGUUGUAUUGUUCCUAUGUUAUUACCAUUAAAUAGGAUUUGGAUGGCCAGGGAUAGGAACUGUUGUACGAUGUAUAACAUUAAUUUGAGUUACAUAAAAGUUUUGUUUUUUCUUAAGUAAAUUAGUUUGAUGAA